CAGGCCUCUCCAAAUUGGGAAAGCCUGCGACGCGUGAUACGGAAAGGCGGUAGCCGGGGUUGGCUGAUUAUCUGGUUUCUUGUUCUUGGGAUUUACAUCCUUCAUUUGCGAUUGAUCCAAAAUGAGUGACGAUACAAAGAAAAGAAAGAAGAGGAACAGAAAUAAGAACAAGAAAAAAGGCAACAAUGCUGGCCCGCUAUCUGUGAACACAUUAGAAUUCAAAGUGGAUGUUGCUACUCCAGAAGAUGAAAAUGAGAAUAAAGAUGUAGCCACCUUGGUUGACAAACUUACAGAUGAUCAACUCUGUGAUAAUGAAAAAUUGGAAACUGCUACUGGGGAAGAGCCAAGUCACGAUACUGGGGAAAAAGAAGAUAAGAACAUAGAUCCAGGAAAGGAAGAAAAAGCGGUAUAUGAAGAACAAAUUUUGGAGCAUGAAUCAAAUGAAGAGCUCAGAGAAACUGAUGUUCAUGUAGAACACCCUGAAGUUCACACUCAUUCAGUCAUUACAACAACUACAACUACGUAUGAAAUGGGGGAAUCUCCAGGUGAUGAAAAUGUGGUUGUUGAUGUUGAUACUUCCACCAUACAAGUUGAAGAUGCUGUUGCAGAAACUAUUUCUGAAUUUUUGGACAAUGGUAAAGUACAUGGCGAUCAGCUGGCACCUGGAACACCAGUCCACAGUUUACUAUCACAGAAUGACGGAAACGUCAUAGUUGAUGUGCAGACGUCGCCAUGGAAAGUUGACACUGACAUCCAAGAGAUCGUGGAACAUAACAAACGAGUGAGAAUGACCAAGGUUACAAAAUCACGGAGAGUAAUUAUCACCAAGACGGAGACUGGGGAAGAAAUCGAGACCGUUGUUGAGGAAGAAGACGAUGACGGUCCAGAGGUGAUCGGUGAAAUCGGUGCUUUUGGUGAGACGGAAAAUGAGACGGUUGAGAUUCAAAGAAUUGUGAAGAAACGCCGUAUUAUUAUGCGAAAAACGGUCGAUGGAGAAGAAAUUGAGACAUUGAUAUCUGACGAUGAGCUUGACCGUGAGCAUGAUGCUUCAUUUGCAGAACAGACGACUCUUGUCACCACGCGGAAGGUGAUAAUCACGCAGAACGAAAUGGGUGAAGACGUCGAGACCAUUGUGGAGGAGGAUCAGCCAGCCCCUGAGGGUCUUCAGGAAGGGCCAGAUGCAGACGAUUAUCAAGAGGCUGUCAGAGAGAUUGACUCUGUACCUAGCAAAUGUAUCCCAGAGGUUUCAGACCGUGAUGGGAAAAGCGGACCGGAGGUGAUUUGUCACGAAGAAGACAAUGAUGUUAUUCAAGCGCCGAUAGAGGUCACUACGGUUGAAAGCGAGGUAGAUUUCCAUGCUUUGUUAGGCCCGGCCGACGAUGAACACGAAAAGGCGCUGGAACAGCAAAAGGAACACGUGCGAAUCUGCCAGGAACCUCAUGAUCAUCACCAGGAUGAAGAUGUGACAAUAAGAGUGUCACUGGAAGGGAAGGAAGUUGUCAGUGAGGAAUGCACGGAGAUGAGAAGCGAUGGUAAGGUUCAUGAUGUAAUCAUUCAUGAAGACGAUGAACCAGGUAGUAAUCGCGAUGCUGGUAGGAGGCAUGUUCAAGAUACACAGUCUGUAAAAAUACUGACAAUUCGCUCGAAGCAACAGGCGCAAAUCAAACAUGAAUUGACGGAGGAGCAAAGACAAAUGUUAAACGAAGUUCAGAUGCCUGAAGUCAAGAAUGUUCUCGAUGACUGGGUUCUGGUUAAUUUCACUGCGAAGGAGAUUGCAAAAUUCGCAGAACUGGUUAGAUUCAGGCCUGGGUGGACGGACGACUCGGUUGAGAUGCAGCAAUGUUGCAAGUUGAUGUGAAUCUUGCAUUUCCAGAUUUCUUUCUUAAUAGUUGUCUAGUUGUUAUUUCAUGAGGUGAAAAUUUGCCUUAGCGUUUAGCUUAUUUAUUUCAAGAAUUGAUAUCUCAAGUCGUGACGAAUUUGAUAAUGGAUUUUUUAGUGAUAGUUUGUUUAUUAAAAACUAUUUAGAAUUUACCAACAAUUGGGGGGUUUUCAGGUAGCUUUGGAUCCUAUAUUUUGCAAGGAAAUGCAAAAACCCAGCGUAAGCUGUACAACCCAUUUAAACUUAGAAUAAUCAAAUGCCAUUUCGUUUACAUUUCGCUAUCAAGCCAAGAAACUCGUGCUGAUUCGUGCAAACUUAUGCUCAUUUCAUCGGAGAAUGUACUUGGAGUGAUUUUUUAGAAAUAUCUUUGCAUAUUUGUCACUCUUUUGAUAUAGAAUAUCGUUUUUUGAGGUUGUAUAUGCAGAACAACUUUGGUUAUAUUUUAUCGUAAGGAUGUUUUAUUUAUGGCCUAUUGGCGUUUUUUUCUUAUCAUAUCACUUCAGUUUGUUUUAUAUUUGGGCUAAUUCUCCUUUAUGCUUCGUACCAGUCGGGGUUUCUUACAGAUAGGAAGCGCUUGACAUGUCCAGCUAAAACCUUAGGCCCGAUGUUCUUUCCCCAAUAUGAUUAAUUUCGUUACGUCCAUUCCCUUGUAACCAUCCCCUUCCAUGUGAGCAGUUUUUGUAGACAGCCACUUAGAAGAGAACGUUGUGGUGAACACGUGACACUUCAACAAGCUUUUACUCUACUUGCAAGCACUCACAUGUUUAUCAUGCAUCUGCCAUCCAUGAAAUGAAUAUUACUAUCUUUAUCUAAGCAGCUCUUCUUUAUCACCGUAGGUUUUUCUUCGUCCACAGGACGAUUACUCUGUUCUGUCGGGUAUUCUUACAAUUAAAGCUUUAGAUAAUACCUCUGCGUAACAAGGCCGAUGAAAGCCUUCUCAGAUUAGAAAUUCCUGACCAGACCAGGGUCCCCCCUCUUCGAAAUCGAAUGACCUGGGCUUUACCAUUUCUAAACGUCACCCGCAAGCUGUAAUUUUUGUCCCAAGUUAGUUCCCACUCAAGUUUGGUGCAACAAGGGAUACAGGUUUUGUAAGAGCUAUAAACAAAUUUGCCUAUUUGUACCGGGCCAAGUUUAGCUAGUUAUCCCCGUCUCCUAUUUGACUACAAACGCUGCCAUGAUUGCAAACUUUAACUAUGGCUUGUCAGUCCAAGACAAAUUUCGCUGUCCGCUGUCACAUUUACCUUCUUUCCCUGUGAUAUAAGAAACUCGUUACACAGGGGUGUUAGGUAGGCUUUGAUCAACCUUUAGAAUGCAUUUAGUCACUUAACAGGCAAACGUUGAAUGUUGGAGCGUAGUUUAAUUUUUUUAGGGUUGAAAACCAGUAGAUUUUGUUGAUUCACACAUCACAAUUAAUAAAGACGAGGCUUUUGUAGUUUUGAAAAGUAAUAUUGAAGAUUAUGCUCAGGUGUA